AUGGCCAAUUUGGAAUCAACGUUGAAUGGAUCUAAAGUAUGUUUUAAAAGUUUUUGUUAGGUAUUUAGACAUCGAAAAAAUUUUAAAAAAAGAGUGAUGUACUAUAUUGUUAUCAGAAUAAUUUAUUUGUGGAUAAAAAAUGCACUUUUCUUCAAAACAAUAUAAUAUGAUAUGUAAAUCAUAGAAAAAUAUUAUUUUAGGUAGUGUUCGUAGCUUUCUGUGCUGACUGGUGUCCAUUCAGCCGACGCUUAAAGCCAAUCUUUGAAGAAGCUGCUAACACUUGGCAUAGAGAGAAUCCUCAAAGUAGUGUAACAUGGGCUUUAGUAGAUAGUGUAGCUCAAGCAGAUGUGGCUGAUAAGUAUUCGGUCUCAAAGUAUCCAACGAUGAAGAUAUUUGUCAAUGGAGAAUUGGUUUUGAAGGAAUUUAGGUAUGUUUUUGCCGUAAUGUUUAUGUUGUUUCAUAACAAUGUCCAGUAUUUUUUUGGUUUCAGAGGUUCAAGAUCGGUAGAGGCACUGUCAGCUUUUGUAAAGCAACAUCUGGAGACAAGUAUUCACGAGUUUAGGUCUUUGGAGCAGCUCAACAAUGAGUUAGACAAAGGAAAACGAAAUGUGAUUGGUUACUUCCAGUGCAGAGAUUGUGUAGAGUACAAGAACUUCCAGGUGUGUUAUUUAUAUUUUCUAUUUUUUAAUUUUUAGGUAUGUAGAUAUGCUCAAUAUAUCAAUUUUCGACAUUUUCAGAAAGCAGCAGCCUUGUACAAAGAUGAUUGUGGCUUCUGGACCGCCAACACCGACUUUGCUAAGACUGUAGCAGGUCACUCUUUGAAGUUUAGAGAUUCCUCAUCAGAUGGCGAGAUUCAGUUCAGUGGAAACUUUGGAGACUUCAAGUUUGUCAAAGACUGGAUUCAAGAUAAGUGCAUCCCAUUAGUGAGGGAAGUGACAUUUGAGAAUGUUGAAGAACUGACAGAAGAAGGUCUGCCAUUCUUGAUCUACUUCAGAGAUCCGGAGAAGAAGGACCACGACAAAGACUUUGUUGAUGUGGUAGGUAGAUUUUAUUAAUUUAAAAUCAUAUUUUAUGGGUUUUCGAAGUUUAAAUUAAAAAAAGGUAUUUUGGCUUAAAAGUCAUAAUGUGGUUUUAAACUAAAAACGUUUGACUGUGAUAAUAUUAUACUUUUUAUUAUGUUAGUUACGUUCUUCGUACUGAAUAUCAUUUUUUAAUUAUAUUAAAAUUUGUGAUUUUAGGUAACACGUGAGAUCCCGGACUCUCGAAUCGUUGUGAACGCUUUACUGGCCGAUGGCAAGGUGUUUGCUCAUCCCCUGAAGCAUCUUGGAAAGACCGCGAAAGACUUGCCGGUGCUGGCCAUCGACUCUUUCCAACACAUGUUCCUCUUUUCCAAUAUGGCCGAGCUUAAUGUGCCCGGAAAGCUCAGACAGGUAACAAAAAUAAUUCUCGUUCAUCACGCUAUAGUAACAUCUCAUUGGCGUCGUUUGCACGAAUACAUAACGCACUCAUGUAGUGUUUAGAAAUGAUCACAUAGUGUUUAAGAAGAACAAUGUUAAGGAAGCUAAUGAUGUAUUAAAAGCUAUUAUUGUAGUAUGUUGUAAUUAAGUUGUUAGAGCUCGUUUUGUCAAUGAAAUUAAUGACUAGUGCUGUUAAAGGCAUAAAUAACGACUUUUUUCAGUUCAUCGAAGAUCUCCAAAGCGGCAAACUGCACAAAGAAUUCCAUGAAACCCUCGACCAGCGUGUAGCCGAACUCCAGAAGACCCUGGAGCAACAACAGAUUGAAGGCGAGGCCAAGCCCCCAGGCCAGAUCCCAAUCGACACCACGUUGAAACCGUCUGUCUUUAAGGAACUCAAGCCCUCUGGCAAACGCUAUUCUCUGCUUCAGAAGACAGAGCUGUAA